AUGGGCAGGCCGGAGGAAAAGGAUAUCUACAACAACCAGGAACGACCAUUAUCUACUACGUCUUACAGAGAAGAUGGACUCUUUCAUACAGUAUGUUCUGAAGACAAUACUCUAUCCAUCCGCGACGCCCGCGACGCUAUGCGUCUAGACAGCAGCGGCAGCUCGGCGGCCGAGGCGGUGGCCUUGCGCUGUCGGUUCAAUGCCACGUCGUUCGCCUGGCUGCCCGUGCGGUGUUUCGACGCCGAGCUUGUGAAUGAGUUCCUCUCGCUGCAAAACUGGCGGUGGUUCCGCGACACCGAGGGCCGCGAGCCCGUCAACCUGAAUAGCAUUACGACGGGGAGCUACGACCAGCUCUUCAUGACCCAGGAGUACCAUCUGUACCAUUGCACCUAUAUGUGGCGGAGGAUGCAUCGCGCGGUGCUGAACGACCUUCCGCUGGAAGGGUAUAUCGGCAGCUUGCGGCGUACCGAGCAUUGCGAACAGCAACUGGUCGGGCGGACGCGGACGCAGACGGAGGCGGGACGGUUGAACGACACCAGUGUCUCUAUGUUCACCAAGUUCGUCGAAUGUCCGGCGACGAGGCGGCCAUUGCAUGAUUAUGGUCGCGAUCGUGGUCAUGACCAUGAUCGUCAUCGGGGCUGGUAA